CCAACACCAAGGGUUUAUGUUUUGGUGCGUGUCUGCAGAGAGAAAGAGAAAGAAGGAGAGUUAGGGUUUUAGAGCUUCAGAGAUGCCUCGCACGACGACGUUGGAAUGCCCCGGUUGCCCUCCGCUUAGAGCUCUCACCUUCGACGCACUUGGUCUCAUCAAAGUUAUUGAAGCUCGGAGUAAGCAAGGAGGGCAUCCAAAGAUCGUAGAGAGAUGGGGCGAGCCGGACGCCUCGAAAUCCGUGAUUACCGCUUCAAUGGUGGACGCCAAACACGACCCUUUGUUAGCUGUUGCAAGAAAGAAUGGCACUAUUGAGAUUCUCAAUCCUCUUAAUGGGAAUCUUCGCUUUGCAAUUUCUGAUGUUGGUGAUACUGAUGGUGGACCUGUAGUUGAUCCUAUUGCUGGAUUGCAUUUGUUUGCAAAAAAUAGAUUGGAAUCCGAGUCUAGGUCUUGCACUUUUCUUACUUGUACGGCAAAUGGGAAAGCAAUAAUGAGGUCCUUUGAAGAUAUCACAUCUGCAGAUUCUGCCACGAUGGGAUCUUCAAGAUUGUGGGAUGUCUGCUCAUCUGGUAAUAUUCAAUGUUUCAAAGUGGAUGGAAGUGAAAAUUAUGCAUUAUUCGGAGGGAAGGGAGUGGAGAUGAAUGUAUGGGAUUUAAACGAGUGCUCAAAGUUUUGGACAGCAAAAUCUCCUCGUAAGGACAGUCUUGGCAUUUUCACCCCAACUUGGUUCACAUCUGCUACUUUCCUUAGUAAAGAUGAUCAUCGUAAAUUUGUGGCUGGUACCAACAGUCAUCAGGUUCGCCUCUAUGAUAUUUCUGCUCAGAGAAGGCCUGUUAUAUCCUUUGAUUUCCGGGAGACCCCUAUUAAAUCUGUUGCUGAAGAUUUAGAUGGUCACACUAUAUAUAUAGGGAAUGGAUCUGGUGACCUUGCCUCUGUUGACAUGCGGACUGGCAAAUUGUUAGGAUCCUUCUUGGGCAAAUGUUCUGGAAGCAUUAGAUCGAUAGCCAGGCACCCAGAGCUUCCAGUGAUAGCGUCAUGUGGAUUGGAUAGCUAUCUACGUCUGUGGGAUAUAAGGACACGGCAAUUGCUUGCUGCGGUUUUUCUGAAGCAGCAUCUUGUCAGUGUUAUUAUUGAUUCCAAUUUCAGUGAAGAAGAUGUUGCCUACUCUAGAAGAGAUCCUGCAGUUGAAGAAGCACCAACUGCCAAUGAUAAUAAAGAUGGAGAUGAGCAAAGUGAACAAGAUGUGGAAAGGAAGAAACCUUCAAAAGAGAAUAAAGCAAAGAAGGGAAGUAAACAAAAAAAUAGAAGCAAUGAAACAUCUACAGAGGAUGAAGAAAGCAAAAAGGUAAGUAAAAAGAAGAAAAAUAGAAGCAUUGAAAUGUCAACAGAAGAUGAAGGAAGCAAAAAGCUUUGUAAAAAGAAGAAGAGAAGCAAUGAAACAUCUACAGAAGAUGAUGGAAUCAAGAAGCUAAGUAAAAAGAAAAAUAGAAGUAAUCAGAUAUUUACAGAAGAUGAAGGAAGCAAGAAGCUAAAGUCCAAGAAAAGGUUAAAGAAUGAGGUACUUGAUGAUUAAUUUGGGACUCAACGGAUUGAAAUAUUCUUGUUAUCAAAUGCAAGCCUGCCGUACAUCAAAGUGGUGUGAAAACAUGAAAUUUUGAGAGUGCAAGGACAAUGAAAUUUUGUUAGGAGAGCGUUGUAAUUUAUUCUGAAAGACUUAAAAACCAUUUUUUUUUCAUCAUAUGUAGGUGACACAACUGGCUCGAUUAAUUUUUGGAAAUUAAUAUAUCAUAUAAUUAAGCUUCAUGUAA